CAGUUCGGUAGCUUCCAGGUAACAGGAGCGGUCUUUCAUAGAUAACAGCUUAAGGUCAAAUGGCGAGCAAAGACAAGUUCAUCGAGAGCUUCAAGCCCCUCGUGGCGGAGCUUGUAGCGUAUCUCGAGUCGGUCAAUAUGCCCACCGAGGCAGUGGCCUGGUACAAGCAGAAUUUGGAGCACAAUUGUGUCGGCGGCAAGCUGAACCGUGGCCUGUCCGUCAUUGACACGCUGCGGGUGCUGAAAGGUGUGGAUGAGCUUGAUGAAGAAACGUACCGCAAGGCGAGUAUUCUUGGUUGGUCUGUUGAGCUAUUGCAGGCCUUCUUUUUGGUUGCGGAUGAUAUGAUGGAUGACUCCAAGACACGGCGUGGACAGCCGUGCUGGUACUUGAUGCCUGGUGUUGGGAAUAUUGCCAUCAAUGAUGCCUUCAUGCUCGAAUCGGCCAUAUUCUUCUUGCUCAAGAAGCACUUCAGGCAAGACAAGCACUACGUCGACUUGCUGGAACUCUUCCACGAAGUCACCUUCCAGACUGAACUGGGACAAAUGCUGGAUCUAUUGACUGCACCGGAGGACAAGGUGGACUUGUCCAAGUUCUCGCUCGAGAAGCAUUCCUUCAUUGUCAUCUACAAGACUGCCUUCUACUCCUUCUACCUGCCAGUUGCUCUUGCCAUGUACAUGGCGGACAAGGCAGCGCCGCAAGACUUGAAGCAAGCAGAAGACAUUCUUGUGCCGCUUGGUGAGUACUUCCAGGUGCAGGACGAUUACCUCGACUGCUAUGGCGACCCCAACGUGACUGGCAAGAUUGGGACGGAUAUUCUGGACAACAAGUGCGGUUGGCUCAUCAACAAGGCGCUACAGCUAGCUUCCAAGGAGCAGCGUCAAGUACUGGAUGACAACUAUGGCCAGAAGAACGAUGUGUGUGAGGCUCGGGUGAAGCAGGUCUUCAAGGACCUCAAUGUUGCACAAGCAUACCUCGACUAUGAGGAACAAACAGUCGGUAAGAUUCGAGAACGCAUUGCGCAAGUGGAUGAAUCGCGCGGCGUCAAGAAGGAAGUCUUUGAGGUCUUCCUCAAGAAGAUUUACAAGCGGCAAAAGUAAGCUUAUUUGUGAAACCUGUUUUGAUAGAUUAGAACAAAGCACUAUCUCAGUCUAGCAAUAAAAAGUUUGUCUCUGCCAAUCCU